GUUUGUGACAAUAGGAACUGCGGCUGGGCUCGACAAUAGCAAGACGACAAUCGUUACGCAGCCCUGCGCCGCGCCCGUCCCAGGCCUGCCUGCUUGCUAUUGAUGUUUGCAACUAUUGUCGAGUCACAUUAAAUACGGUGCUUCGUGCUUGCUGCUCUUCUUUCUUCGAGUACUUGAAUCCUCACACUUCUCCGUCCUCCCUUCUUCUUGACUCGACAGCCUUGCGAGCCGAGAAUCUACGCCGAGUUCCAUCAACCUGACUGCACUCUUCCUUUCGAGGUCUCAUCGUCUCUCAACCCACUCUCACAUCUCAACAUCAUGGAUCCCAACAAGCAAAUGUCGCGGAAGAUGCUAGUCGAAAGAGCAUGCAAGACCGUCACUCAUCGUCCCCAACAAUCACAACAACCAAAUGCCGAUCCCAUACUCUACAACCCGAGUCCACCAGCAUACUGCAUCAACCUCGGCCACUCCGUCAACUGCGAUUGUUACGACUGCCUCCGCAGCCUGCCACCCGACGGCUCAUCGGACGACGAAGACGAAGACGACGAAUCCCCGCUAAAAGUCACCAUCAACGCCGAAAAGUCCAUCAACGGCCACGGCAACCUCGUUCCCACCACUCCUCCAGGGGCAGACGCAGCCAAGAUCAGUGCUCUGCUCUUGCAAACCCUCAAUCAGAUCAACAACGCCGCGACAGCAGGACAGCCCGCCCGUGCACCGCGACGACCGAUUAACGUCGACUUGACUAUCAAUUGCGGCAUCAAGAUCGUCGGGGACAAGAAUGUUAUUGGGCAUAUGACGCUGACGCCGAAAGUCCCGAGUGCGUCAGCUGUUGCUGCGACGGGAUCUACUGCUUCUUCUCCGACUGCGGUGGUGGCGGAGGAGGCUGCUGUUGCCGGAGCGAAGAAGAGGAAGGCAGAGCAUGACGGGAAGCCGAGCCAAGACGGCGGAAACGACACGCUGAUGGAAUAGGGCUUUGCGCACGCGUGUACUGUUGUGUUUGCUUUGCUUGCCGGAUGUUUGUACGCGGGGAGUUCAUUGUCAGCCGAGCGUUAAUGUGUUUGCGACCACCACACAGCCUUACGAUGUCAUCUUAGCCAGCGAGUUUGCUUUCGAGUUUGCUUCUGCCGCAAGAACCGAAAUUUAGUUGGAAUCUAAUUUGAAAAC